UCGGCCGACCGGUGCCGCAAGUCGAAUCAGUUUAGUGAGCCAUCUCAGCACGCGGUUCUCGCCACCUGUUUUCUCUGGGAAAGAAGAAGCCUGCUUUUGUAAUCAUGAAGCUGAUCAUCGUCCUCGCCGCCGUCGUCGCCACCGCCCUCGCGGCUCCCCAGCGUAACGACUACAGAGACACCGUGCUCGUGAAGGAGACGCCGCUGGACAACAUCGGCAUCGACGGAUACCAGUACGGUUACGAACUCUCCAACGGCCAGGCCCAUCAGGAGUCCGCCCAGCUGCAGAACCCCGGCCAGGAGAACGAGGCCCUCGUCGUCCGCGGUAGCUUCACCUACGUCGACCCGGAGACCAACGUCAGGUACACCGUCAACUACGUCGCCGACGAGAACGGAUUCCACCCUGAGGGAGCGCAUUUGCCGGCCGUCUAAAUCUGAAUCUUGACGAGAAAGAAUACUAACUACCUGCCAAUCUCCUGCCUCUGUGUUUUCGAACUUUCCAGUCCAGUCUCGCGGCUACACUCGAAGAAACUCAACCCUCUCGAUCUCUCGAUCACAUACACACAUGAAACUAGUUUUAAAUAAAUUGAUCUUUACUUAA